AUGUCAACUAAUGAUUUCGUUCGGUCGCUCAGGAUGCUGUCCCGCAGCUCCGGCGGUCUUGUCUCUGCCCCGAAGCAAGUGACGCAACGAUGCCUCACACGAUCAAUGGCCACAGAAGCCCAGACUCCAUCCCCCGUGGUCCCUCAAACCGCCACCGAGGUUCAAACUGCCACCCGACCAGGUGGCCAGACCCCUGUUCAAGUCAUGACCUACUCAUGGCCCAACCUGGAACCCAAGGGCUUGAUUCACUAUUCAAAGAGACUUUUGAACAUGCCUGUUCGCCACGAUAUUCUCCACCGAGCAGUUAUCUACGAGGCCGACGGCACGCGACAGGGUACCGCCAGCACUAAGUGGAGGGACGACGUGCACGGUAGUCACCGGAAGAUGUACGCGCAGAAGGGUUCUGGUCGUGCGCGCGCAGGUGACAAGCAAUCACCAGUCCGACGAGGUGGUGGUGUUGCCCAUGGUCCCCAUCCUCGUGAUUUCUCGACCGACCUCCCACGCAAGAUCUAUGAUCAAGCCUGGCGUAUCGCCCUCAGCCACCGUCUUUCGCGCGGUGAACUGAUUGUCGUUGAGAAUGCCAUCCAGUCCCGCGGCGGAGCAACCCCCUUCUUCAUCGAAAACCUUCUUCGGGCCCAUGACUGGUAUGGCAAGGGUCGGUCGACAUUCAUUUCCCUACAGCCCAACGAAAAGUUCUCCGACGCCGUUGAGAAGUACCACAACCACGCGCGUCAUCUGAGCACCGAGGAUUUGGACGUGAAGGAUCUUUUGGAGACCAGCAGACUGGUCAUUGAGCGAGAUGCGCUGCACAAGAUCUUGCUUGCACACACGACUGAUCUGUCUCCAACCGACACUCUCUUCUCUCCCUCAACGCAGGGAUCAGUUAUUCACCAACUGAAGGCUAGCCGGUUGAGGGCUACCUGGGAGGCCUAA